CGCCGGCUUGGUCGCUGUGGCCGCUUUUGUUUCGCUUUGCUGCCAUCACUAUGAUUCCCCUCCCUGUGGUGGUCUGCGUACUGGGGGGCUGGUGCGCCAUAUACAUAGCCGACACGGUACUGAAGUCAUCUUCUCUGAAAGAGUGUUAUGAGGAGUGGCUUGCAUCCUAUGGACUGUCAGUUUCUCCAUUCCAUGUGCGAUGGCAGACAGCUUUUUUCAACCGCCUUUUCUACAACUGGGGAAGAUGGAAGCCGAGAUUUCUUUAUCUCUGGUUUAACAUAGGGAUGGUUUUUGGCAUAGCAGCUAUGUUUGGUUCUGUGGUUCUGCUUGGGAAGACACUGACACAAACUCUGUCACAGAUGUUAACUGAAAAUCCCGCAAGUCAAAAUGAUCAAAUGCUACAGGUUGUGGUGCCUGGUGUAAACCUUCCCAUCAGCCAGCUGUCCUAUUUCUUCACAGCAAUCCUCAUCAGUGGUAUUAUACAUGAAGUUGGCCAUGGAGUGGCAGCUAUUAGAGAGCAAGUUCGGUUUAAUGGCUAUGGAAUUUUUAUAUUCAUUGUCUAUCCCGGGGCAUUUGUUGACCUAUUCACUACUCACUUACAAUUAAUAUCUCCCAUUCAGCAGCUAAGAAUAUUUUGCGCAGGUGUCUGGCAUAACUUUGUGCUUGGUGUUGCGGGUCUUGUAGUUCUCUUCUUUUUACCUGCUAUUCUUUACCCAUUUUAUUACACUGGUGCAGGAGCACUUGUUACUGAAGUCACUCAGGAUUCUCCUGCUAAUGGUCCUAGAGGUCUUUUUGUUGGUGACCUUGUCACUAGUCUGCAGGAUUGUUCAGUUUAUAGUGUGGAAGAUUGGAAUGCCUGCCUGGAAAAGAUGUAUCAGAAGCCACAAACAGGCUAUUGCAUAAAAUCAUCAAUACUACAGCAGCUAAGCUUCCCAGUUAGAGGUUUUAAAAGACUUGAUGGCACUGUUGAAUGUUGUAACAACAAUAGUCUCACAGAUGUCUGCUUUUCAUACAGUAAUAAACUGAACAGCCAUAUGACCCAGUAUGCUUGUUUGCCAGCACGGAAAACUAUUGAGGCCAGUGAGCUCUGCCAAACAAACAAAGAUUGCCUAAAGGAUUUUAUCCCAAGUACGUGUGUGACCCCUUCCUUGGAAAAUCAAACCAAGCUCAUAAGGGUGAAGCAUCCUCCUCAAAUUGAUAUGCUGUUUGUUGGUCAUCCACUGCAUCUCCAAUAUACAGUGAGCCUCAGCAGCUUUGUACCUCGAUACAGCUUUCUAACUUUGGACCUUCCUUUAAUAAUGGAAACAUUUUGCAAAUAUCUGAUUUCACUCUCUGGAGCACUGGCCGUUGUUAAUGCAAUUCCCUGUUUUGCUUUGGAUGGCCAAUGGAUAUUGAAUUCUUUCUUGGAAGCUACUGCUAGCAAAUUUAUUGUUGAAAAGCAAAACAGGGAGCUUCUUGGCUUCUUAAUUUUACUUGCUGGCAGUGCACUCUUGGCUGCUAAUGUGGCCCUAGGACUCUGGAUUGUGACAGCACGAUAACAUCAUAGCACAUUUUGAUAUCAUUUAUGAUGCUGAUGCAGAAAACAUUGAAAUAUAUCACCUUAUAAAAUGACAGUUGGGUGGGUCAAUGGAAAGAAAAAUAGCUUUACUCUUUUUAAGAAUGUGUCCAUAGAUACCUUCAGACAUGUUUCUUGUUACCUUUGAAGCCCUCUGACCCUGCCACUUGACCAUACUCAGCAUUUAUUUAUAGAGGCUCCUAUGGCUUCAGAGGCAUUAUUAGGAAAUGGUGCUUGGAGCUCAGUGAUUUACUCUGCAGUUCAUUUGAUUGCGUGUCAAAGCCAAAAGGAAGAAAAUGGGACACUAUUGCUACUUAGUAAGCUUUGACAUGUUAGGAACAAUGUAGAAGGGUGGCAUAAUAAUAGAAAAGUAUGACAUAUCCCUAGUUUUGGUUUGGCAUCAGUUUGGCACCUAAACAUUGAUCCCACAAAGAAAUAGAUGAAAUCCAGCUCCCCCCCCCAAAGUCUUUCUCUCCUCAAAUCACAUUUGCAAAGAUAGAAAUGGUGAAAGCCUGGUUGCACCUUUAUAAUUCCAAGAGUCAUUAGGAAAGUGGCGUUAAUCUUUAAGCAUUCUGAUUUGUUGGCUAAAUUCAGAGAAUCAUAGAGUGUUAUUCUUGAUUGGGUAAAGCAACGAUAUGCCUUUUCUCCUAUCUUACUGUGCUCUGACAACGUUUCCUUAGUUUCAUCAAACAUUAAUGAUAAAUGGAAGACUGUCACUUUCCAAUAAACUUCUUCUAUAGCUAUUGGUUUGGUUUUAGAAGAAAUUUCCUAUUACACUUUCCUUAUCUGCCUGACCACAAGAUUAUACUGUUAUCUUUUGUGUAUUUGAAUUGAUAGUUCUUCAGUACUGGACUUUGGAGAGGAAGACGCCAAGUACUUAUUUCUGUUUUCCUGGAGCUGGGGUAAAGAGACAAGGCCAGCCUAGAAUAAUUCAAGUAGACAACAAUAAUGUGUUAGAAAGUUCAGCCUAGCUGGUGGCUUGAUAUCAUAAUUAACUUUUACUACUGAAUUUCCCUGAGGUCCCUUUGCCAUUUUUAAACAAGAAAUUAUACUGCAAAGUGACCAUGGCCAUAGGGACAGAGUGCCAAAAUUGCUGAAAUUGUUAAGUGAAACAAUAGAAGGGUCCUGGGGGAAAAAUAAGUGAGAGUGUUGAAUAAAUAUUAUUGCCAAAUAGUAUGUUUUUAGACAGUUGACUCGGGGGUGACUUUCCUUUUAAUGCAGAAUCAAAAUAUGGUUUUGGGGCUCAGGCUAUCUUUGACUUGUAUUUAGGACUGUCAGUGGACUGCUUUCUGUGAAUGUAAACAGCAUAUUUAUGAAUGGAUUUCUGUUUUAUUAUACUUGUAUACUUCCAAAUGAGCAUAAACUGAAAAACCAGGUAUAUUAUCUUGUAAUUAUAAGCAAUUCAAGAUUUAUUUCUUGAAAAUUAAAGACUUUUUUCCUUUAGUAUUUUUUUUUAAAACAAAUAUGCACUUACUUUCCAUUCUCAGGUAAACUUAUUCAUAAGUGGAUGGAUUUUAAUGGCAUGUCUUUAAGUACGUGAAUUAUGUAUCGGUGGAUAUAUCUCUUCACUGUGUAAACUUUUGUGUUCAGAAGUCAAGCCUUAAUAUGGAUUUUGAAUUAUUUGACAUGAUUUUUCAGAAAGAAAUGAUUGUACAUUUUGUUGAUGGUUAAAAAUAUAUGUAAUAUUUUGCUGAAAGUUCAGAGCUGAUAAUCAUAUUUCAAGUAUAUUGUAGGAUUCUUUUUGCAAAUGCUACUGCUCAUUUUGUUUUCCUUUGUAAAUUGUUCUAUUUGUGUAUGCUCUCAUUUUUCAUAUUUUCAUAUAUUUGUAGUUUUUAAUUCCAGCCCCAGCUAUUCAGUUUUGUAUCAGUUUUACAUAUGGAGAAUGACGAUGUCAUGAUGAUGGUGUUCCAGUGUUCUUGGGACUACCUAGAGAGCUGUUUACAACAAAAUUCUUAUAUGGUUAGGAAAACUAGAAAAGGCCUCAUUGACAUUGCUACAAAUUGCUGUUCUGAGCCUGAAACAUGAGAAAAAUGGUGAAUUUCCGUUUUGUAAAAUAUGUACUACAAAGAUAUAUACUACAAAGAAAAAUAAUGUGGAUAUGGAAAGGUAUUUUUCACGGCUUGAAUGGGAAAGACCUGAUAGAAUAGGCAUAUAUACAUCUACUGUAGAUAUAAGUCUAAAGUAAGGGCCAUUGAUAAUUUAUAGUUCAUUACUUUAAAAACUUAUUUAUAAACUAGGGUUUUAAAUUCAGACUGAUUGUAGAUACCUUAAUUUAUGAGUUAUCCUAAACAUACUCAAGGAAUAAGUUUCACUGAGUUCAGUAAAUAUUUAUUUUAAGCAAACAGGCUUAGGGUUGUGCUGCACAAUUAUAGUAAUGAUCUUUUGUGAAGCCUCUGGGUUCAUGUAGAUAUUACAUAUUUAUUUUACUGAAGAAUCUAAUUAUGAUUAUUGUAACUGUAUGUAUGUCUCCUGUACUAGAUUAUAAAAUACAAUUUUUAUUUAUUUCAAGCUAUGUUUUUCCAAAGCUUAUUUGCUGGUUUGCAGAUCUGUUACUUUAGCUAUUGACUAUUUUGUGGUUAGACAAAUAACAUAGUCUGUAAGUUCUGUUGUUAUAAAUGGAAAUUAGUCUUACAUUGUCUUACUGAUAAAACAAACACACUUUAAAAGCUAUUAACUAUCAAAGGAUAGUUGUAUAGGU